AGCUGAAGACCGUGUUAUUCAGCUGCAGGAUCUGCUCCUGCUGCACGCCUUAGUUGGAGCUUUGCAGUGAAAGGAGUUACCUCUCUUUUUGGGGGACUGCCGGUUUUUCUGCUGAAAUCUUUCCAGUUUGGAUCCGUCAAUGAAUGCUGACGCGCUCUAAGUUGGCUGCACGUUUUUGUUUUUCCUAAACUCCUGUGCGUCUUUGGAGCGCAUGGGGAUUUGGACGGACGGGGUUAGAUGUAGCGGAGAGGUGUGGAUCAUCAUGCAGACUGGUGUGUUUUCGUGGCAACGGCGUGGAUGUGGAGUUUUGUGGCUGAUUCUGCAAUGAGGAGCGUGUUCUUUCAAAGCAGCAGCAGCAGCUCAAGCGCAGAAGUCGGAGCUGUACUUUCGCUCCGUUUGUAAGAAGAAAGAUUUGUGUGCACUGUAAGUGUCGCCGCGAGGAGCAUGCAGUGACAGCCAUGCCUGUAGAGAUGGAGAAGAUGGUCACCAAGCUGAUGUAUGACUUCCAGAGGAACUCCACCUCAGAUGACGACUCUGGCUGCGCCCUGGAGGAGUACGCUUGGGUUCCACCAGGACUUAAACCAGAACAGGUUCAUCAGUAUUAUAACAGCCUUCCUGAGGAUAAGGUGCCCUAUGUGAACAGUGCAGGAGAGAAAUAUCGCAUCAAACAGCUGCUCCAUCAGCUCCCACCCCACGACAAUGAGGUGCGAUACUGUAAUGGCCUGGAUGACGAGGAGAAGCGAGAACUUAAGCUCUUUAGCAACCAGAGGAAACAAGAGAACCUAGGACGCGGCAACGUCCGCCUCUUCCCGGUGACGAUGACAGGAGCCAUCUGUGAGCAGUGCGCAGGUCACAUCAACGGCGGCGACAUUGCUGUGUUUGCAUCUCGAGCUGGUCUUGGGGUGUGUUGGCACCCGGCCUGUUUCGUGUGCAGCAUGUGCAAGGAGCUUCUGGUGGAUCUCAUCUACUUUCACCAGGAUGGGAAAAUCUACUGUGGUCGCCAUCAUGCCGAGAGGUUGAAGCCACGAUGCACAGCCUGUGAUGAGAUCAUCUUUGCAGACGAGUGCACCGAGGCAGAGGGCCGGCACUGGCACAUGAAGCACUUCUGCUGUUUCGAGUGUGAGACAAUGCUGGGGGGCCAGCGCUACAUCAUGAAGGAGGGCCGACCCUACUGCUGCUCCUGCUUUGAGUCCCUGUAUGCGGAGUACUGUGACUCCUGCGGGGAGCAUAUUGGCAUUGAUCAAGGCCAGAUGACCUACGAUGGGCAACAUUGGCACGCCACGGAGGGCUGCUUCUGCUGCGCCCGCUGUAAACGCUCUUUGCUAGGACGACCCUUCCUGCCCAAGCAGGGUCAAAUCUUCUGCUCACGCUCCUGCAGCCUCGGGGAGGAACCCAACGGCUCGGACUCCUCGGACUCGGCCUUCCAGAGUGCACGCUCCACCAGGGAGUCCAGGCGCAGCUCCAAGACAGCAAAGGGCGGAGGCGGCGCUGGUGGGGUGCAAGCCGAGAGGUUUUCAGGGGAGGUUGACCCUCUGUCUUUACAAAUGGACCUCCUGAGCCUGUCCAGUCUGACUCGUGAACCGCCAGCUUGGCAGAACAAGGAGCAAGCAAGUGAGGGUCAUGGUUACGAAUCUCACCGGGACACCUCCUCCAGUCCCACUCCUCUCCAGCUCCUCAGUCAGUGCAAUGUUCGGAGCGCCUUUAACUCCUCCUGCUCUGGACAAAAUGGCCAAGAUCACAGGAUCAAGGAGAAUGGAGGUUUCAAACGGCCUCAUAUCUCUGCCACUAAGGGUCACUCUUUAAACGACAUGUGGUUUCAACAAGGAGCUCCAGAGGAGUACUAUCCUCCCAAACUAAGGACCCAGAAGAGCUAUACUGAGGUCUCCCAUUGCUCUCAGCAGCAGAACGGCUUCACCUCAGACAAGCGCUCAAUCAGCUUUCAUGGCUUUCAGAGGGGCAGAGAUGCUGGGCCUCCAACAGCUGUCCAAGUACCAAGAAGCAGGAACCCCAUUAAUGCACUUAGUUUCACCGAGCAGCUGACUCCGCUGGUGCAGACCCCGAAAGGAUCUACUGAGUCGCUGGCUCUGUUAAAUGCCACAGGAACCUCAGCAGAUCGUGGGGGAAAACACGAGGAGCACCUCUCUCAUUUCUCCAUGCCAGACCUGAGCAAAGACUCUGGAAUGAAAAGCAAUGUGGAGACUCUCAACUCCUCAGAGCAGCUUCGCAGCUCUGAAUCCAUCCACAGCCUCACUGCCAGUCAGUCCUACAUGGAAAUGAACCCCUCACGGUCCUCCCAGUACCAGAUGCAGUUCUGUGACCCCGACAGCAUGGGUGUGGGCAAAGCUGUGACUCAUCUUCCACCUAACUUCACCUACCAGGAAGAGGACCGGAUCAGCCUGGUGAACGCCAACGCAGCACGUCUGCCGCCCAUUAGCGAGUUCAAGGUGAGUGGCGCCGCAGGAAGGGGAGCGAGUGUUCGAAUUGACGCUCCAGAGACUCCACAGCGCCGCCGCCAUCACCAUCACCGCCCGCGAAGAUCCCGACGUUCUCGGUCAGAAAACGCUCUCAACUUGGUGGCCGAGCGGCGGGUCAGACCUCAGGAGAGAUCCCAGUUUCGUGUCCGUGAGGAUUAUGAUCGCUUCCCCCCGCCAAGAACCACCCGGGAUCAGUUUGGCAUCGGCGGAGGUGGGAGAUACCAGCCUCAGCUCUUCAGGCAGUGCCCCAGAACCACUUCAGAUUUGACUCUGCAAAACCCCGGGGCCAGCAGAGCCACUGGCUUGAGCCAAUACUCUUGGGACGAUUACUACGACGACGACUGGUGCUCCACUUGCUCCUCGUCCUCUGAAUCAGAGGACGAAGGUUACUUCUUGGGCGAGCCCAUUCCCAGACCUGUCCAGCUGCGCUACCUCAGCAAUCAAGAGCUGGUGCAGAAGUACAGCAGCAGCGGGGUGGGAGGAGCCAACCGCAGCGGGCAGAAAAGCAGUCGCAAACGCAGGAAAAGCAAAAACUGCAUAAUUUCUUAACCUCUUGGAGUACCCCAACAUCGAAAACUAAAACAAAUCAAGAAAAACAUUUCAGUGUCGUUGAUUGAUCACCUAAAAUUUAAAUCCUCUUUGAACUGCAGUCAGCAAACACUAAAACUGUGUUUGUCAGUUUGUUCACGUUGUCUUUUCUCCAGUGUGUUACGUUUCAGGCAUCAUUUUUUAGGCUUCUUUUAAAGGCUGUUUUCUUUAUUUUUAUGCAGCACAUAAGUGUACAACACAUUUGGUUGUUUUUUUGCUGUCUUACAUUUUCAGUGUGAUUUAGAGUGUAAUGUUCUAUUGAAAUCAGUUGACAACAUGUACAUAGAUGAAUGAAGUAAUGAUUUUACUUAAGUUAAGGAAGAAGGUGUAAAUAAAGUUGUAAAUGAGCCUCACAUAUUUUUAUAUUUUGUAUGGAUAGAACCGUUUAUGUAAUAAAUAUCUAUAAUGUAGAGAUAGAGGUUAAAUACACGAAUGGAAGCGUAUGUUAUCUGACCGACCUGGAACUGCAUUUGGAAUAAAGGGGUGAUGUAGUGAUUUUGA